UAUCUUACCCCCACAGAAACCUCAAUAUCAGAACUUUGCAGCCUUCAUAUUCAGAUCGCGCAAGGAAGGAGAAGCCGGCAACUCUCUCGUGGGGGAAGAAGAAGAAGAAGAAGAAGAGAAGGCCAAAGCAAGGAAUCAUGUUCCCGGGGAUGUUCAUGAGGAAGCCCGACAAGGCGGAGGCCUUGAAGCAGCUCAGGACGCACGUGACCAUGUUCGGCGUCUGGGUCGCCGUCAUUCGGGUCACUCCCUACGUCCUUCACUAUUUCUCCGACGAGAAGGAGGAGCUCAAGCUCGAUUUCUAGAACCCCCUUCCUGUCUCCGUCUAGCGAGUGUGCAGUGUUCGGGCUGUCAGCCAAGGUGGAUAGCUGCCAAUUUGGAAGAGUUAUGAAGAAGAUUGCGAGCUUCUCUCCCUCUAAAGAUCUAUUAUUCAGUUGUGUUCUGGCAUGGGACCAUGCUACUUUAUUUAAUUUUUUGGUACAAUGCCAAGCAUAGUCCAACUAGUUGUUCUCAUGUAGCUGUUCAAUCAUUAUGCUCCUGGAACUUAUUUUAGAAUUGAGUUGUGGAAUUGAGAGAAAGUUUAGAGAUUUCUUCAUCUCAUUGCAUUGGCAUGGCGACUACUGUAAAUCUUCAUUUGACAA